AUGGACGACGGCGGCGGGGGCGGGCGUGCGGCGUCGCCCGCGCUGCUGCUGGGCUCGUCGCCCGGCGCGGCCCACGCCCACGCGCACGCCCUCGCCCUCGCCCUGGAGCGCGACUGCAACUCCAACGCUGCCGGCAGCUUCGCCAGCGAGAGCGCCUCGCUGCCCGACGCGGACUUCGUGCAGGAGUGCCAGGACUACCAGUGGUUCCUCGACUACGGCACGCUGCCCGCCAUGUGCUGCGGGGACCUCCAGGCUGCGUGCGAGCCCGGCGGCGAGAUGUUCGCGAGCGUAUCCGGGUCGCUGCUGGCGCGCCUGGAGAUGGACGCCUCCUCCGCGGGCAGCCCGCCCUCUUGCGGCUCCCAGGGCGACGACUCUGCCGGGUCCACGGACACCAUGUCGCUGUGCAAGUCGGAGCUGCUGUUCUCGCCGGUGAAGGACUGCCCGCUGCCCGGCAGCAACUUCAGCGUGGACUCUCUGGACUGCGAUCUGCUCACGGAGCACGACAUCAUGCUCACGUGCCAGGCCAACAAGGACAACUACACCAUCGCCUUCGAGGGCAGCAUCUCGACGCCGGCGGCGCCGCUGCGGCGGGCGGGGGCGGCGCAGGCGGGCCGGGCGUCGCCCGCGGCGGUGGCGGCCAGCGCCUGCGCGCUGCGCCUGGGCGCCGGCCGCGCGCGCGCGCCUCGACCCUCCAUGCGCCUCCGACUCCGUCUACACCACGUGGAGCAGCUGCAGAAGCGCUCGGCGACGCGCAGCUGGCGUCGCGCGCGCGGCGGCGGAGGCGGCGGCCGCCGCGACGGCCGGCCGGGGGCGGCCACUCCUACGCCCACGCGCAGGCCGCAGCCCGGCGGCUCCCCCGGUCGCGGCGCGCUCAAGAAGCCCAAGGACGCUGCCCAACCUGUCCGCGCCGCCGCCGCCGCCUGCUGCUGCGAUCGCUGUCCGGCCGCCUCCGCCCGGCGGCGCCGCCGCCGCCGCCGCCAUGUCCCCUCCGCCGAGUGGACACGCGCAGCCCGGCCACCACCGUCAAGCUGUAGACGUGCAGCAGUCGUCCGAGCGUGCUGUUCCGAGACCAACAGCUUCGUGGACGGCGGCGCGUGCAGCACUGCGCAGCGGCCAGCGCCAAGCGGCGGGCGGGCGGCGGGAGUCCCGGGGGCGGCGCGCCCCCCGCAGCAGCACUUCAGCCCUCGUCAAGCUCUUUCAUGA